AUGACCGACGACGGUGGGACUACCACUGAGACUUCGACUACAACUGUCUACCUUGAGACGGAUGUGGAGAUUGACCAAACGACGACGACAUCGACAUCAACCGUAACAAGCGCGUCCACAACAACUGUCUGUCGCCUGGGACAGCCUACACAACCUGCCCGGAAGAAGCGACACCUCGACGGCAAUCCUGAUUGUAAUGGCGGCGCGGCUUCGGGCAAUCGCCCAUCUCGGUUAGGAGCGACCGCGUACGGUCAAGGCGCUGGUCCUGGUUCUUAUCCUUCGUACGGCAAUGGCGGUGGUCGUGAACCAUUCGGUCAUGGUGGCCAGCCUGCAUAUGGUGGGGGCCAUGGACUAGACCACGGUUCUUAUCGCAGUGGCUCUGGCCCGGAUCGUGGUGUAUAUGGAGGCUCGAGUGGUGAAUACAACGACGAUGGAAAUGGCGGCUAUAGCGAUGAUAGUAGUCACGGCAGCAAUGCUGGCUAUCACGGCGUCGACAGUAACAAUGGAGACGGCAGCUACCACGGCGGCAGUGGCGGCAGCAGUAACGGUUAUAAUGGCCACAACAAUAAAGGCAUCUAUAGUGGCACUGGCGACAACGAUGGCGAUGGGGGCUAUAGUGGUGAUAGCGAUGGGGACUAUGGCAUCGGCGGCUAUGGUGGUGAUGGUAGCCGCUCGAACUAUGGUGGCGGAAAUAGCAAAGGCCAGGUCCCUGGCCAGACUUCAUACUAUGGAGAUGAUAGGCAGGAGCCUGACUAUGACUCUUCAUACACUGACGCUGGUGGCCUAACCUCUUACGAACCAUGGUAUAGCACCGCGACUACGGGGACUUUUGAGUCUACCAAUACUGGUACGGCUACAAACGAGCCAACAUUCCAGUGGACGACCAAUCCCAUCAGCACUGGGUCUACCAACACCGAGUCUCCCAGCACCGAGUCUACCAGCACCGAGUCUACCAGCACCGAGUCUACCAGCACCAGGUCUACCGGCACUGGGUCUGACAACACUGGAACUAACUCUAAUGAACCAACCUUGGACUCAAUUAUAUGCAGUUGCAUUGCAUCGACAAUCACCGAGACCGCGACAGAGACUGGCCCUACCUCGACAGAAAUAAUCACGAGCACUGAGACGGACACGGCCGACGUCUCUAUGGAUACUACCACGACAACAGUGACGAGCACGACGACGGGACCAUUAAGUACAACGACCGAGUAUGAGACUACAACGUCCUUUGACACAACAAUCACGACCACAACGUCCACGAGUACUGAAACGGCUACGACCACAUCAGUAGCUAUUGCCACAAGUACUGUUGCUGACGGUGAGGGGUACACUGGGGCUGCGCCGGGAGGCGACGGCUGCGGGUGUUCCUUUCGUGUGGCUUGCGGAGUCUCAGCCAACCCGUUCCCUUUCGCGUUCUCCGUAGAGACAGGCAAUUAUCUGACAUGCAUCGACGAAUGCAACCAGGACAAAUACUGCAUGUCGGCGCUCUUCGACGACGGAGGUUCGGGCAUGUGCUAUAUUAACGAAGGCGAUCGCAAUACACAGAAUUCUGACGGCCUGGACGAGGCCAAUAUUGCUGAAAAGGACCAAGCCUCCUGCACCUCAACCGAUUCGCUAUCGUGUAGCGACGAUGUUGGGCCAUAG